AUGCGUUCUGCGUUGCGGAAACGCAGGGCUCUGCGUCCCAAACUUGCGCGGGCAGCAAACCCGCCUUCGCCUCCGGGCGCGCCCCUGCCCGCCCGCCCCGGGGAAGGGGUCCCGGGGGCACCGGGCGCCCGGCCGCGGGCAGCUGAGCCCGGGGCACGGCCAAACUCACGCCGCCGCGGCCAAACCGACCUCAGCGUCACGCCGGGGGCCGGUUCUGGCCCGACAGCUCGUCAAAGCACACACCUCCCACCACCAUCCCCGGCGCGAAGCGGGUUAACGGCGCACCCAGCCGCGGGCACCGCCGGCGGAUCGAUGCGGGGCGCGGCCCCCCGCCUCCCCCGGGGCACAGUCGCGCUGCCCCGCCGGCGGCGACGCCUUGCGGGCGGCGGACUCGGCGUCCAACGCGGCGGCCGCUCCGCGCCCGGGGCUGCUGCCGGCCCCCGCGGAGGAGGCGGCGACCCCCGGGACCGGACCGGUGGGCAGCGGCGGCCCCCGCCCCGCUCCGCCCCGCCCCCCGCCGGCGGCCGCAAUCGCGGGCCGCCGCAAUCGCGGGCGGCGGGCGCCCCCCAGCGGCGGCAAGGGCGCACUGCGCCCGGGCGGCAGCACCGCCUCCGCCCCGCGGGGAGACCGGGCCCGUCGUCCCCGCGGUGCCCCCCCCCGCCUCCCGGCUCUCACACCCCCCGCCCGCCGCCUCCCCUCGCCCACGCAGCCCCUCCGGCCCCCCGCGGGCCGAGCGCACCGCUCGCCGCACCCCUGCCACCGCGCCCACGUCCGCCAGCGGCUGCGCGGCUGCGGCGGCUUUGA